CCCUGACUUUUGUUAAGCUUCCGCCUAAUUGAUCAUUGAAGAUUUCACGUGAUAUGACGCAAAAUGAACGAUAGGCCAAGCGAACAUCAGUGAACAAUCCUCUCUCGACUUCGGAUUAGAGAUUGGUAAACUGUUCUAUGAUCUCUAAGCUGUUUCCAAGAACCUUUGACGCUCGAUUGACAAGAUUUUUGACGAUACCACAGUCAUUCAGUCUCACUAAUUCCGGCUCGCUCUCCAUAUACCGCUCAAUGUCUAACGGAGUGAAGCCCUUCUCGUAUCCGAAGCCAUCGCCGAAGAUAGCCGGACAGGCGAAAGAUGUGUGGUCUAUUGUCAACGAAGCUGCUGCGGAGGCUCAAAAUUCUCUUCCAUUCCCUAUUCUAAACCUCGGACAGGGAUUUUUCUCGUACAAUCCUCCAGACUUUGCUAUAAAGGCAGCUCAGGCAGCUCUCGACGAUGUGUCGUGCAACCAGUACUCCCCUACUCGAGGCCGUAUCUCAUUGAGAAAGGCAUUAGCCGCGGCCUAUGAGCCAACGUACGGGCGAAAGAUCGACUGGGAUACAGAAGUCGUUGUUACGAGUGGAGCCAACGAGGGCAUGUUUUCGGCGUUCACAGGCUUUCUCUCUGAAGGAGACGAAGUUAUCGUCUUUGAGCCCUUUUUUGAUCAAUACAUCUCAAAUAUCGAGCUCCCAGGCGGAAAAGUUGUUUAUGUUCCUCUUGUUCCUCCAUCAAAUGAUGACACGAGAACCGUGUCGUCAACUGAAUGGACUGUGGAUUUUGAUGAUCUAGAAUCUAAAAUAUCGCCGCGGACCAAGAUGAUCGUGAUCAACUCUCCCCACAACCCGGUUGGAAAGGUGUUUUCGCGCGAAGAACUGGAGCGGAUUGGGAAGUUAGCAGUUGAUAAUAAUAUCAUCGUUCUUUCAGAUGAAGUGUAUGAUCGACUAUAUUACUCGGAAUUCACCCGCAUAGCGACCCUUUCUCCGGAACUCCAGAAGCUUACUCUUACGGUGGGAUCGGCUGGAAAGACUUUUAGCGCGACAGGAUGGCGAGUGGGCUGGCUCAUUGGAGACGCAGAGCUGAUCAAAUAUGUUGCUGCUGCGCAUACUAGAAUCUGCUUUUGCGUCAACAGUCCUCUGCAAGAAGGUACUGCAGUUGCAUUGCAGGAGGCUAUCAAACCCGAAAAUACAUUCUUUGAAGACCACGUUGAGUCCUACAAAAGAAAGCUGAAGAAUUUUAAUCGCAUCUGGGAUGAGCUCGGAUUGACUUACACGGAUCCCGAUGGAGGUUACUUUGUUCUUGUCAACUUCUCGAAACUGCAGAUCCCUGAAGACUACGACUUUCCGGAGGAAAUUCUUGCCAGAGGCACCAGAGAUUUCAAAAUGACUUAUUGGCUCAUCAGAGAGAUUGGUCUAGUCACGAUCCCGCCUACAGAGUUCUAUCUUCCAGAGCACGCACAUUUGGCAGAGAAGUACCUGCGGUUUGCCGUUUGCAAGACUGAUGACUACCUAGAGCAAGCAGUUGAGAGACUCCGUUUAUUGAAGCCGUAUAUCAAAUCAGACUGAUAGAAGAUGAAGUGGCCGAUAGGCUACAUAUAGAUACAUCCUUUCUCCCUAGAAUUUGCUGCCUCUCUCGCAGCUCUUUUGUACAAUGAAUAAGAUAAUAUAAUGCAUAGU